AUGUUGGAAUACGAAUCCGUCCACUCUAUAAAGAAGGCUCUCCGCAACAAUGCUAUUUGGUACCUAGCAUACGCCUGUGCUGGACUGUUGAUCCUGGCUUACUUGUGGUACAUGCAGCGGCUUGGUCUGCAAGGUAUACUUGGAUUCAUCUAUGCUGCUUCCAAUGCAUGGGGUCUGGUAUUGGUCACUCUGCUGUUGGGGUAUGGUCUAGUGGCUGUACCGCAGUGGUUGCAUGUGUUGUCAUAUGACAAACGCCAUAUGGAAGCUAUCUACGCUCAGGUGGUAUCGGCAGAAGAUGCACGGCUUUCGGCGAAGUUCGACCUCAUGGACGUCUUCAACCUUUACCGUGAUCAAGAGCGCGAAUCAGGACAGGGAGCUUCUAAGCAGCUUUGCAUCUCUGCUGUGGUGUGCCUCGAUGAUGACUCGACUGGGCUUCCCACUUGCGUACAAUUACCUCAAGCUAUUGCGGAUUUUGGAUUCCUCCACGUCCUUCGGUCGGAUGUUCGGAACUCCGAUAUCCACGGCUCCAGUAAUAGGCCAAGAAUUUGUCAUCUACUUCCCUUUGCUAGUUUUGGUAAGUCUUUGGGUAUCGACUAUACCACUGUGAUGACUGACUCUGAAGGUGUUAUGCACCAUGAAGCCACUGGUUUGUGUAUCGGCGCUUGUGGAUUGGCCAACCCCUCUCACUCGUUCAUUGUGGAUCCGAGAGAUAUAGAGAUAGAUGAUUCUGAGAAGCCUCUGGGAAGGGGGACAUCUGGCAUCGUGAUAAAAGGCGUCCAUAAGUCAUCAGGCCUUUUACUAGCGAUCAAGAGUGUCAGGACGGAGGAUAAGGAACGGAGGGAUCAAGUUAUGAAUGACUUGAGGGGUCUCCUCCGAGCUCAGAGUUGUGAAUAUCUUGUCCGUUUGUAUGCAGCCUAUUCUACACCUAACAGUGCUUUUGUUAACAUCGCGAUGGAGCUCAUGGAUAGGGGAUCUCUGAGAGACGUUACUAAACACGUCCCUAAUAGAACAUGGCCUGAAACUAAGGCCACGCUAGUUAUUUGGCAAAUCAUCCAGGCUCUGAAAUUCCUUCAUUCCAACCAUUCAUUGCAUCGCGAUAUUAAGCCGGAGAAUAUACUACUAUGCUCUGAUGGACAUGUGAAGUUGGCAGAUUUUGGUAUUUCAAAGGAUCUUAGCUCGACCUAUGGAAUCUGUUCUACAUUCGUCGGAACUGCGCUUUACAUGUCACCAGAGAGGGCCGCGGGGGAGGAGUACACUUACUCCGCAGAUAUCUGGUCCCUUGGGGUCGUGGCCUUCGAGCUGUUGACCGGAACUAAUCCAUUCUCAAUUAGUCGUGGCUUCAUAGAGCUCUAUGAUUCAUUAUGCCAUAGGCCCGAGCCUCGAUUAAACAAGAGCAGAUUUACCUCCGGUGCUUGUGGGUUCGUGACACACACGUUGGCGAGGGAUCCCUUACAACGUCCAUCUGCGAGCGAACUAUUACGUAACGAGUGGCUGGCUCCUGUGGUCUCGGCUGGUGCUCAGGAGUGUUCUGAUGAGCUUGCAGCUUGGUUGUCCACAUUGAAGUUUUUGGAGAUUGAGGACGACAGGGCCAACAUGAUCAAUAAGCUCGGCAGUCUCUUGCACAGCUUUGUGCCAUCGUACAUUGAGGUUUUGGGAUACGGACCUUUGGGGCUUUUCACAGAACUCACCGGCUUUAGCUAUGCACCAGUCGAGCGGAACACAUUGGUUUUAAUACAAGCUGCGCUACUUUCUUUGCAGGAGAAGCACUCAGAUAUCAAGGCGUCAGCGGUUUUAUUCGACGCCCAUCUCCUCCAUUCCUCCAUACCCUUAGGAGACAUGAAGGUUCUCUACUCGUACAUCGUUUCUACGAGUAUAAUUGGCUUUCGUUCGGACGCCCCGACGAGCAUGGUUUCGGCGAUGAAGUUGUGUGAGCCACCGUAUAACGGAAUUGCGGAGAACGCCUCAUCGUUUUGUCGUACGAACCACGUAACAGAGGAUAUGGCAGAGGGCGAAGCGGGAAUAUUCCUCUUUGGACCCGGAGCCAGCUCAACUGACCAUGGCGUCACGCCUAUAGUGCACUUACCAUCACUUGGGAAAGGCAGGCUCGUGGCGCUUCUUUAUCACGGUCUCAUGUUCGUCUUCAUUAUUGACAUUGUUCAGAAGGAAACGGAUUCUGAGCUUUUCGCUUCGCUGCAGCGAUGGGUCGCAGAGUCCAAAAGCGUUAGUCAAGUUGCUCAACUUGUACGACAGCAAUUUAGUCAAGCUAUGAGUUUGACGGAUGAAUACAAGUUUGCGUAUGCGAACAAUGUGAACCGUGCUUUGCGGGUGUCUAAUGACGGUUCCUCUUCGCUCAACGACGAAGCCCCUAUGGCGCUCAUAGGGAACGAGUCUAGUCCGGAGGACCUAGUGCUCUUCAGUACUCUGCGACAAGUUUUGGUGCAUGGGGAAGAAUAUCUGGAUGCUGCUGGCCUUCCUAAAGGCAGUCGAUGCCGUGAGAUCUGCUACAAAUCACCUGGGAACGGCUGGGCUUGUGCGAAGGUCUCGCCGUUGAACCGUGAGUUCUAUCUUCUGCUCGCGAAGCCCGCAAUGCCGUUGGUGCGAUGUCAAGAGGAGUGCGAACGCUUCGCUCGGAUGCAUCUCUCCAACAUAUUCACUAUGUGAGGCACAA